AUGACUGAUGUCCAGUCUGUUGUGCCUGGCAAAGCGGCAAAAGCUAGCGAGCCAACGAGCCAGCAAAUCGAAGCCAUUUACGACGAAAAGUACAGCGAUGAAAAGGCAGUUGAUGCGGAUUACUCUGGCGCCACCAAGAAAACCGAUCCCGCCGAGAUCAAACUGGUCAAGAAAUUGGACUAUAGAAUUAUGCCCAUUCUUUGGGCCAUGUAUUUCAUGAAUUAUUUGGAUCGCAACGCCAUUGCCAAUGCCCGUCUCAACAAUUUGGAGAAGGACUUGGGUCUGGUCGGCUCUCAGUAUAACACCUGCAUCUCAAUCUUGUUUGUUGGAUAUCUGCUCAUGCAGAUUCCGUCCAACAUGUUGAUGUCGUCUGGAAAGAUGCGCCCAUCCUUGUAUAUGUCGAGUUGCAUGGCGGCGUGGGCACUCGUGAGCGCAUUGACUUCUAUUGUGCAUAAUUACACAGGUCUCGUUGUGGUCCGAUUCUUCCUAGGUAUCGCCGAAGCGCCUUUCUACCCUGGCGCACUCUAUCUGCUCUCCAUAUUCUACACUCGAAAGGAGAUUGCGACUAGAAUUUCGAUUCUUUACUCCGGAAAUAUAUUCGCCACCGCCUUUGCUGGUCUGAUCGCGGCAGCCACCUUUUCGACUCUCGACGGCGCACAUGGUCUUGCUGGCUGGAAAUGGCUGUUCAUCAUUGAGGGCGUCGUCACCUUUGGCGUCGCUGGUAUUGGAAUCAUGAUGCUGCCCGACUCGCCACUGACCACGUCGUGGUUGACCCCGGAAGAGCGACAGCUUGCCCACGACCGCAUGGUCCGGGAUACUGUGGGCAGCGAAUCCAGCAAAGGCACUAGGGCAGGAUUCUUCCAGGCGAUCAAGGACCCCAAGCUUUACUUGUUGUGCUUUAUGCAGAAUAUGCACCUGUCGGCUUGCUCUUUCAACAACUUCUUCCCUACAGUGGUUGGCAGUUUGGGAUUCCAGACGACAAUCACGCUGGUUUUGACAUGCCCCCCCUAUUUGGUCUCUGGCAUCGUGGGAUGCAUAGUCGGGUUUACUUCUGGGCGAUAUAACGAGCGCACCUGGCACAUUACCCUCAGCAUGGGCGCCGCCCUGGCCGGCUUCAUCAUCAGUUGUGCCACGCUGAACACGGCCGCUCGCUACCUGUCGUGCUUCCUCUUUGCCAGCGGCGCCUAUGCUGUCAAUUCCGUCAUUCUGGGCUGGGUAUCAGCAACGCUGGGGCAGACGCCCGAGAAAAAGGCCGUGUCCCUGUCCAUUGUCAAUGUCGUUGCCAACGCCUCGUACAUUUACACGGCCUAUCUCUACCCCAAGAGCGACGGCCCGCGCUACCUCAUUGCCAUGUCUAGCAACUGCGCGUUUGCAUUCUUGACGAUUGCCUCGGCUUGGAUUUUGAGGUUUUGGCUGAUUAGGAUCAACAAGUCAACUGCGAGGGACGGACAGCUUCAGUUUGCGUAUUAG